GCACUAAUGUUUUGAUUCGUAAAUGGCACCCUGAGAAUCCACCGUGGCAGUAUUAUGGAGUAUUAUGAUUAUUGAAAGUGGUAUAAGGAUUUUUUAUGAUCAUAAAUCAAACUGGGAUAAAUAAUAAAUAAUUUUACGUAUUCAUGAAAAUCUUAAUCAAUAAUCAAAUAUUUAGAUCUUGGAUAUAAUCAAGUUGCCCACGGCUGAAUAGAAUUGUGCACGUACAAGUAUUGAGAAUUAUCACUCAAGAUGUCAACGUCAGCUAUAUAUAUUUUAGAUGUAAAAGGGAAAGUGCUUAUAUCACGGAACUAUCGAGGUGACAUUGAAACAGGCGUUAUUGAAAAAUUCAUGCCGCUAGUAAUGGAACGUGAAGAAGAAGGAAAUUUAACACCAAUUAUACAAACACCUGAAUGCACAUAUGCAUACAUAAAAUAUAAUAAUCUAUAUGUUGUUUCAACAACAAAAAAGAAUGCAAAUAUAUCGCUUGUAUUUGUCUUUUUACAUAAAGUUGUACAAGUAAUGCAAGAAUAUUUUAAAGAAUUGGAAGAGGAAAGUAUAAGAGAUAAUUUUGUCGUUAUUUAUGAGUUACUAGAUGAGUUACUUGAUUUCGGUUACCCUCAAACUACGGAUAGCAAAAUUCUUCAAGAAUAUAUUACCCAAGAAGGUCAUAAAUUAGAAAUUCAACCUCGAAUACCUAUGGCAGUAACUAACGCUGUUUCAUGGAGAUCAGAAGGUAUUAAAUACCGGAAAAAUGAAGUUUUUCUGGAUGUUAUUGAAUCUGUUAAUUUAUUAGCAAAUGCUAAUGGAAACGUAUUGAGCUCUGAAAUUGUUGGAGCUAUCAAAAUGAGAGUAUACUUGUCUGGAAUGCCAGAGCUACGACUAGGACUUAAUGAUAAGGUAUUAUUUGAAUCGACUGGUCGAGGAAAAUCGAAAUCUGUUGAAUUGGAAGAUGUCAAAUUUCACCAAUGUGUACGAUUGUCACGAUUUGAAAAUGAUCGUACCAUUUCCUUUAUUCCUCCUGAUGGAGAGUUUGAAUUAAUGUCAUAUCGCCUUAAUACACAUGUAAAACCAUUGAUAUGGAUUGAAUCUGUAAUAGAACGACAUGUUCAUAGUCGUGUUGAAUAUAUGAUUAAAGCCAGGUCUCAAUUUAAACGUCGAUCAACUGCUAACAAUGUUGAAAUUGUAAUUCCAGUACCUAAUGAUGCGGAUUCUCCAAAAUUCAAAACAACUAUUGGUAGUGUUAAGUAUUCCCCGGAACAAAAUGCAAUAACUUGGUCUAUAAAAUCUUUUCCCGGUGGAAAAGAAUAUCUUAUGCGUGCACACUUUGGUUUACCUUCAGUUGUUGGAGAAGAUGUUGAAGGAAAACCACCAAUACAAGUUAAAUUUGAAAUCCCUUAUUUCACGACAUCGGGAAUACAAGUUCGUUACUUAAAAAUUAUUGAAAAAAGUGGCUAUCAAGCACUUCCAUGGGUUCGAUACAUAACUCAAAAUGGUGAUUAUCAACUCAGAACAAAUUGAUCAAUUUUAUAAAAACGUGGAUACAGUGAUAUAUAUUUUUAACAUGUGAAGCAUUUGCAUAAAUUUUGGAAAAUAAUUUUACGUCAAAAAAUCGCCUAAUUUGAAAUACAAUUUUUUAUUGUAGGUAUUUCAGUAUUAAUCAAGAAAAAAAUCUUAAUUUUUUCAAAUACAUUUUAAAAACUUUACUCAUUUUUUAAAUAAACUAAGAAUAUCGAUUACAAAAAGAAAAUCAUCGUCUGUAUUAUAAAUAUAAAUAUGUAUUAUUGUUGGAAUUUUAAACAAAUUGAUACUGAAAAUUUCAAUUGAUAUAAAAGAGAUGUAGACUCUAUGUAAACUAUAUCAGUUGAAAUUUCCAGUACUAAUACGUAAAUGGCAUUGAACGUGUGAAAAUAACAAAUACUAUCGAAUUAAAUCUUGUAUAAUAGUUAUGACUAUAAAUCAACCAUCAAGUUUAUAUUUUCAAAAAAUGUAAUGUUUCAAUUUUCCUAGUGCAUUGAUCAAUGACUUAGUUACUAUCGAAAUUAAAUUAGAUCAAAUCAAUGAUUUUCACCAAAAAUUAAUUCAGUAACUUUUUUACUGUGCCAUGGAUAAUCUUAUAAUUAAUUUUGAAAUAUGUAUCAGAGGUACUCACAGAAUAGAGAGCUUUAUUUGAUAAAUCUAUUAAAAUCUAGGAAAUUGACAUAGAAGUGAAAUUUAACAAAACUCAUCAUAUUCUAAAGAUUGUGAUUUACUUUUAUUAUUGGUAUAAAUAUAGUUUAAUAACGUAUUGGCUUAAAAUUUAAUUUAUAUUGUAUUCUCAUGAAAGAGUUAUAUAAUAAAUACCUACAUCAUCUGUUUCAACAGAUAAGAACAAUAAAAAGUUUUACAAUUAAUUAAUGUAUCUUAGUACUACGUAAAUGAACAAACAAAUUGAACAUAUAUUUAGUAUUACAAUUUUCGGUGUUGAUUUAUGGAAAAUAAAUUUUUUGUAUAAAAAAUAAUACUCUCGUCAAUACAAACUUAAUUUCUGAGUAAUGGCUGUUGAAAUAAAGUUUCAGUAACAAAAUAAUAACAUGAUUGUUUUACGGCAUAAAUGCCCAAUUUCAAUUGCUUAGCAGUUAAUUUUUUAAAUAGUUAUUCAAAUAAAUAAGUCAGCACUGCAUGUUUUGAACAGAGUCAUUUUCUAACUAGUAUUGAUUCGAAUAUUUAUAAAUAAAUAAUAAUCAUCUAUUUUAAAAAUUUAAAAAUAAUUCAUUAUCAUUUAUAGAUGAUUGCCUAAUCAUGCAAAGUUAAUUACGUUAUUAUUUCAUCGUUAAUAUUUUCUGUUUAUUUAUCAAACCGGUGGCUUUUUACAUGUGUCACAAGUAUGUUAAAGAAAUGUGCGGAAUUAUUCUACCUUGUAAUUAGUUAAGGAACAUUCAAAAUAUGUUCCUGCAUAUGGGACAUGUUGAUUUCUGACUGGUGCUGAACCAUUUAUACUAGAAUGAACAAAUACCAAUGAAUUAAAAAAAGUCUUAAUAGA